UGACAGGCAACCUGUAUCGCAACUCUGAUUACAAGUCUUCUUUUCUAUUAAAACUGGAAAUUGGCAGAUAUUAAGAUUCUCAAAUGAGUGAGGAAUCAAAUAAGAACAGUAAAGAUGAAAAUAAUGUUGGUGACGGUGUUAAAUUUCGUGUUCGAAGCUGGAUGAGCGGAAUUACAAAUGAGAUGCGAAAGAAGUCACAUGUGACAGUGCAAAAAUGGAUUUCUGUAACAGAAGAUGAAAAAAAUAAUUGUGAUAGCAACGAGCUUAAUAUUAGUGAACCAUCGACAAGUGGUGGAAGUGGAGCAAGUGUUAAAGGAAAGAUAUCAGAGAUAUGCAAUAAAUUUAACGUGAAUGAAAAGUUAAAGAGUAAAAAGAUUGAACUUAAGAAUCUCAUAACAAAGACAACACAGAAAAUCAAGAGAGAAUCAUCAAAAGAAGACAAAACUCAUCACAAUAUGGAUCAAAAUCAACAAAUGGAUGAUGCUGAAUCGAGAAAUAAACAAUGUGACAAUGAAAUAGAGCAAACAAAAGCUGACGUUAAUAAAACAGUAAAUAGUGAAUCUAAUAAUAAUGACAGAGGUGAUAAUAAAGAUUGUCUGGCGAAUGAAGAGUCAGAAGAAGUUACAAACGAGGAAAAAAUCAAAUCGGAACCAAAUAAACUCACACCUCAACGAUGUCAUAUCAGCGUUUUAGGUAGAAGUUCCAGUGAAAAUCCUAAUCCAAGAACUAGAAGACUUAGAGAUAUUGGUCGAAGUUUUAGUGUUGCUAAUGACGGUGAAUUGCCAAAUGACUCAACAGACAAUUUAAUUUAUGAUGAUGAGGAUAUAUCCAUCGCUAAUCCAUCGUUUAAUACUAGUCCGAGUGUUUUGAGCAAUAAAACAAAUAGCAAUAAUCAAUUAGAUAAAAAUUUGGCAUCCUUGUUGAGACCAUCGUUGGGCCAUAUGAGACCAUUAAGAGAGCAUACAGUUUCGGAAGGACAUAGCAGUCCUCACGUGGUACCCAAAAAUCCAUUACUCAGAGACGGCUCUUUUCAGUCUGACUCAAGUCACUGCUCGUCAGUUGAAAGUCUUUUGGAAGCUAGAAAGCCUGAUGCCGAAGCGAUAUUAGUUAAUUUAGGUUUUGGACCCGUUCAAGGUUCCGAUGAUGUUUUAUCAAAAAUUCCAAAAAGGUUUUUAAAGCCUUCUCAAGUUCGUGGAGUUGACACAGAAUCAUUUUUGAAGAAUCAGCAACUAUCAAUGAAUAUACACGAGAAUUCAGUUCUGGGAUAUCGUGGCUUAUUAGGUAAUCCUCAUUUACCGCCUUCAGAUAUCGUGCGUGCUAUAAUGAAUCGAUUCUCACAAAAUGAGAUACAACGGAUGGCAUCUAUGGAAAAUAUUAGUCCUCAACGAACAUUUAAAGGUGUCGCAAAUACAAUUUUGGCACAUAGACAGUUCAUGAAGUAGUUUUUAAGGCAUAAAAUGCAAAACAAAGUCUUCGAAUACAUUUUUAGACAUAUCGAAAUGAAUUAAAAUUUAAAGAAAAUCUCAAAAAGAAUUAUGAAUGCUCAAUUUCCAUGUUACAUCUAUCUCUACUAUCAUGUCCAAUCUUAAAGUGACCUAAUUGAGUACACAAAUUGUGACUUAAAAACCUUUUCAAUUUCCUACAUGUGAUACCUCUAUCCUUAAAACUUUUCAAGGGAAUCAAAAUUUGUCUCUUAUACAAUUUACUCUUAUACUGUCCGUAGCUAUUAAGGUACUUCCUUUUA